GUGUGAUAGUGGCGAGUGGAUGCGUGCAUGCGUGAGUGAGAGGAAGGAUAGAGAAAGCAGUGGCUGAAGGCAUCGAAGCAAUCUUAGUUGUCUUGGAUACGACUGGGUCCGACGUCAGAGAAGCAGCCGUCGAUGAGCCAGACCCGAUGACGGCUCGCGCGAUGCGCAGCGUGGAUUAUCAAUGAAAAGUUUCAGCAGCUGCUCCCCCACAGUUGACAGCUUAGCUGUUGAGCUUUCUCAACCUUCGAUUGGAGGAAGAAUCUCGUAAAAGCUCGGAUAUACCGGCCGCCACUCGAGUUCGACGACGACCGACGGUGCGGCGUCGACUGCGAUCAUAGCUACUAUAGAGCUGGCUAUUCCGUGAGAUAGAGUGAGUCAACUUCUUCGAGUAUAGCCAGAUCCACGGUGGUCGACCGUUGAGUGUAGCCGGUUUUCUGCCUGCAAGACGAACCGGUGGUACCUGGCCAUGGGAAAUAUACAGACCGUAGGGCCUAACGAGGCUCUCAUCGUUUCGGGAGGAUGUUGCGGCAACUCUGCGAAGAAAAUGGUUGUCGGUGGUUGGGCUUGGGCUUGGUGGUUCGUCACGGAUGUUCAGCGACUAAGUCUUGAAGUGAUGACCCUGAAACCUCGUUGCGAGCACGUUGAGACAGCACAAGGAGUUCCACUGACCGUCACGGGGGUGGCUCAAUGCAAAGUCAUGACCGAGCAGGAAUUUCUUUCGACCGCUGCCGAGCAGUUCCUUGGCAAGGAGAUUGACCACAUCAAGAUUGUCAUUCUCCAAACGCUCGAAGGUCAUCUCCGAGCUAUCCUCGGAACGCUCACGGUGGAAGAAGUCUAUCGGGAUAGGGAUCAGUUUGCUUCUCUGGUGAGAGAAGUUGCGGCGCCAGACAUCGGCCGCAUGGGUAUCGAGAUUCUGUCGUUCACAAUCAAGGAUGUCUUUGAUCAAGUCGAGUAUCUGACAUCUUUGGGGAAGGCCAGGACGGCCGCCGUAAAACGGGACGCAGAUAUCGGGGUUGCCCAAGCAGAGCGUGACGCGGGGAUCCGGGAAGCUGAGUGCGAGAAGUCCGCUAUGGAUGUGAAAUAUGGGGCGAACACCAAAAUCGAAGACUCCAUCCGCAUGUACGAGCUUCAGAAAGCUCAAUUCGACACAGAAGUGAACGCGAAGAAAGCCGAGGCUCAACUCGCCUACGAGCUGCAAGCUGCGAAGCUCAAGCAAAAAAUCCGUAACGAAGAAAUUGAAAUUGAUGUCGUGGAAAGGAGGAAAGACAUAGCAGUCGAAGAAAAAGAAAUCCUCCGUAAGGAAAAAGAACUCACUGCCAUGAUUAGAUUACCGGCCGAAGCUGAAGCUUUCCGUCUCGAGAUGAUCGCGCAGGGCAAACGCACACAAGUUCUCGAGAAUGCCAGGGGUGACGCAGAGAAGAUAAAGAUGACUGGUGCCGCCGAAGCCUACGCCAUAGAGGCGGUAGGUAAAGCUGAUGCGGAAAGGAUGCGACUCAGAGCUGCAGCCUACAAACAGUAUGGCGAGGCAGCCGUCCUGUCGUUGGUUCUGGAAACUCUACCGAAACUGGCUGCCGAAGUUGCUGCUCCCCUGGCUAAGACGGACGAAAUCAUCAUGCUCGGCGGAGAUGAUCGAACCGCGCAAGAAAUCGGGAAACUAUGCUCCCAGAUACCUCCAACAGUUCAAGCCCUUACUGGUGUCGAUAUAUCUAAGAUUUUGACGAAGAUUCCGGGCGCCAAGUAGAAGGCCCCGGUCACAGAAGUGCCUCACAGCCUCUUCACCCAUCAUCACCAUCAUAUUCAUUCCCAUGACACCUAAAAUCGAUGCUGCGUUAUAAGCAGACGCCAAUUUCAAUUUUCUACUACUUUUAUCCCCCGCAUGGAGAAUAUAUAUAUACAUAUGCAUCUUUAUCCGGGAUGAUCUUCGGACUCCCUGAUGGCAUGUACCAGUAGCUUCUCUCGGCUGCUAUCAUCACUGAAAUCGAAAACAUCCAUCUAGUCGAUCGAAAGAGCUUGCGGAGUGCGUCGUAUUGAGGGAAAUACUCAGUCAGUCAGCUGCAUGUUCCGGGAACACUUUCGAUCAUCCCACGCGCAUGGGUUCCGUCAGUGGGAGUACCUGUAUCUACUUUAAUUCAUAAACAUUUGUAAGCCAUGAAGGGUUUUUCCCUGACACCAUCUGCAGAGGAAAAGUGCAAGUCUAUGGCGUAUGCCUCGAGCGCGUGAGGGAGGGUACAUUCGCUUCCACCCCGCAUGAAUGGAUGCGGCCUGGGCUUCACGAAUCGAUUCGAAAUAUGAAGCUAGGACGGAACUCCAUCGUGAGCAAGACGAUGCGAGUGGACUGCGCGAGAGUUUUGUGUGAGUUUCGACCUAGAGAUCACGAUGAUUUUUCUGAACGAGAGGGGACUCACCUUGUUAAUCAGACAUUUCUGUGUUCACGAUUGGAUUUUUAUCGCUGCUGAUAUAUUAGUGAGCAUUCUGAAAGGCUGAAGAACUCAACCAUCGUGCAGAAAGACGAUCCAUCUCAAGCUUCCCUCCCCCUCUUCCACUUCCAUUAUUCCCGGAGGGAGAUCGGCUGUCUAAUCGUGAUAUGGUUCACUAGAAAUUGAGGAGAAUAUCAUUCCACAAGUUCUAUCAAUUCGGUCGAGUUCGUCCGCUCUCGAAUGUUCGACCUUCUGAGUUCCGCGAGAUUUUGGAAUUAUGGAGAACUACCGGAAUCAUGGAGCAUCCAUGGCAUGGGUGGAAAGAAGAGUCAACGAUUCUCUGACGUUUCAAUAAACUU